AUGAAGCCUUUCCUCUUGGCCGGUAUUGCACUGCUUCAGUGGAUUCCCGGUUUCCUGGGAGUCCCAGGUCACAAGUCGCCUUUUGCCAAUGUCAAAAAUGGCACCUAUCGAGGAAUUCAUUCCAACGACUAUAAUCAAGACUUUUUCUUGGGAAUUCCUUUUGCUGAGCCUCCCGUUGGCGACCUGCGUUUCCGAAACCCUCGACCAUACGAUCAGUCUUGGAAAGGAACCCGCGACGCGAGCGAGUACUCUCCUGCUUGCGUGGGCUAUGGGCCAUCACAGUUGGGUUACAAUACGAGCGAAGAUUGUUUGUAUCUUAACGUUAUACGCCCCUCAAGGUACUCCGACAAGAAGCUGCCGGUAGCCGUAUGGAUUCACGGCGGAGGUUACUACCAAGGCAGUGGCGUAGACAUCCGCUACAACCUCACCUUUAUCGUCGAACAAUCCGUCAAAAUCGGGCAGCCUAUCAUGGCAGGUAGCAUGAACUAUCGGCUUGGCGCAUUUGGCUUUCUCAACUCAGCCGAAUCUUUCGAGACUGGUGACUCAAAUAUGGGCUUUCGCGACCAGAGAUUAUCCUUGCAUUGGAUUCAGGAGAAUAUUGCAGCCUUUGGAGGUGACCCGUCCAAGGUGACCAUCUGGGGCCAAAGUGCAGGUGCUGCAUCUGUCGGUGCUCAGAUCCUGGCCUUCAACGGUCGUGAUGACAAGCUGUUCCGCUCGGCUAUCUUGCAAAGCGGUGCACCUAUCUCCCUUGCAUCUCAAUCCGACCUAUCGGAGGAUUUGUACGAGUUACUUCUCAAGAAUACUAGCUGUACCUCGCUCGAAUGUCUACGGUCUCUUCCCUUUGUCGAUCUCGACAAAGCACUCAAUAGUACUGCCCUUUCAGGUUGGAAUCCAAAGAUAGAUGGAGACUUUGCAGCCCGACACUCUUCUCAGCAGUUGAAAGAUGGUGCUUUCGUCAAGGUUCCUAUCAUCAUGGGAGCGACCACCGACGAAGGCACAAGCUUCUCAAAAACGGGCAUCAACACAACUGCGCAGUUUAUCUCAGCCAUAGAGAACUCUUCUCCACCUAUUAACAGCUCUUUUGCCCGCACGGUCGCUAAAGCAUAUCCCGAACGAAGCCAACACCAAGUCCUUCACAAUCUUGCGGCUGACUGGGUACCUCCUCCCAAAUAUGGUAAACAAUUCCGAAGAGCGGCGACUUACUACGGCGAUGUCAACAUGGUGGCACCUCGAAGACUGGCCGCCGAGGUUUGGGCAUCCAAGGGACUGCCUGUGUAUUCCUAUCGAUUCGACGCGAUUCCCGCAUGGGCUACCUAUGUCCAGGGGGCAACCCACUUCGUCGAUGUGGCAUUCUCUAUGAUGAAUCUCAACGGCACAGGCUACGCACCAAUACGCACACCACCUUUCCAGGGUUUACCAGAGUCGUACAGGGAUCUCGCAAGGCUCAUGUCUGGCGAUUUGGUCAAGUUUGUGGUAACGGGAGAUCCGAACGGAUGGAAGGGUCGAAAGGAUGCUAUGAUAAGUCUAGGCAACCCAAUUCCUGCUUGGCUAAUUUACAAGACGAAGGGUCAUGGGUCUCCACAGAACUUUCUAUACCGAGGGAACCUUAGCAGCACGGUUGAGAAGGAUAUUUGGAGGAAGAAGUCAAUCGCGCUUCUCAAUUCAGUUAAUUUGGAUGUUUAUGAUCGGUAG